CAUCGCGUCUUUUUAACUUUCACUUUUCAUUUGGAGCCUUCAGGUCACAGCAAACAGCCGUUUUCAGUCUUUGUGUCUGAACUUUCAGUAUUUGGUCAUUUUCUGACAUUAAUUUGACAGAAAUAUAACCCAACAGAGAAAUAAAGGUCAUGGCGGACUCACACAGCGACGGCGCGGUGGAUGGAGGUCUGAGGGCGGACUCCCUGGAAGAAGCCCUGACCGAGCUGAAGCUCUGGAAGGAUAAAGUAGAGAAAGCUGGCGACAUGAAAACAGGGCUGAUGCUGAAAAAACUGGAAGAAGCUGACAACAAGUCCAAGGCUCAGCAGGAGAUGAUGGCUUGUGUAAAGAAGCAGGAGGAUUGUCAGAGAGAGUUCACUCAGAGCUUGAACUCAGUCCAGGAUGAAAUCCUGCAGCUUUCUCAACACAAGCAGGAUUUACUGGAGGAGCUGAGGAGAUGUCAGACAGAAAUGGAGGCUAAGAGAGCCGAGUCCACCAAGCUGAAGCAGAAAUUCAAGGUCUUCACCCGGAUUCCAGACACUGAGGUAAAGUUUGUUGGUCAAAAUGAAGAGGCGGGAGGGGAAGGUGCCAGCGCUCAGCCAAUCAGAGGAGUGUUUACCAUCAGCCAGAUACCUGCGCUGCUUCUGAAAGGAGGACACGCUCUCAUCACCUUCGAGCAGGAGAACGUGGCCUCCCAGGUGCUGAAGAUGGCCAAGUGCUCGGUGUCUUGUGAAAACUCCACUGUGGAUGUGAAGCCCAGAAGAGUCAGCAUGGAUUCUGCUGUGAAGUAUGAGGUCAACCUUGAUGUUUCUAGGAAGGAGCUGGAAGUAUUCAGCAUCCCCCCUGCCUUGCCAGAAGAGCGAAUGAAGGACCGACUGGAGAUAAGUUUUUCUAAGCCCAGCUUGGGAGGAGGGGAGGUGGAGAACGUGGACUAUAACGAGAGAUCAGGGACAGGACGCAUCACGUUUCUACACCCUGGAGUUGCUGAACAGCUGGCCAUGAAAGGAGGGUACAAGAUCCAUCUGGACUCAGAGGUUAAAGUGAAAGUUGGUCCAGCAUACACAUACCAGCUGAACAAGUUUCAGACAUUUUGUUGCUCCACAAAGCGAACUGUCCUUAUUGAUGACAUUGAGGAUGUGGAGGACGAGGAAGACCUGCAGGACCACCUUGAAAUCCAUUUCCAGAAGCCAAGCAACAGCGGCGGUGAGAUCGAGAACAUCGCAUACAUCUCAGAGGGGAAGGCUCUGCAGGCUUUCUUCUGCGAGGAGGUGGACAACUGAUGCAACCAGCAGCCUUCUACAAGUUAAAGUAUCAGGGACUUCAUUUAAUCCUCUUUUGAUUGUUAGAAAAUCAUGGUUGAAUUAUGUCUGAAAUGUAAUUGAAGGGGUUCUGAAACUAAAAUGUCUGUUAACAAGCGCUCAUCCCCAUCAUGAACAGAUGGUGAUUUGAUGGUAGUUUAGACUUCAGACUGAAACUGAGCGUACAUGCAUCCAGUAUGAGUUUCUGAAUGUUCCUAAAGAAAGAAUAUUACCUGAAUAUCUGUAAUUAUCGGGUGGUGUUGGGUUAAACAUACCAGUGGAUCGGUUUUCUGCAUAAUGAAUGAUUUCUUUCAUACUGACGGGUGUAAACUGUGUGUAAUCAGACUCAUUUUCUCUGUAAAUCUUCAUUUUCUGGACACUUGAACACAAAUGUGGAAUCAUGUGACCAGAAGUGUCUGUAAUACUCUCUGCUUGACCUCUCCCCUCCAAAAUAAAAGCUUGGAUUUAACUCA